UUGGACUUUGUACCGGCACUGGAAAUCCUUUUGUUUAUCGCUGCCGGUAGCAGGGCCUGCUGAGAUCUGUCCCUUCGGCGACAGGCUGGACCCCUUCUUCCUUCCAGUUGCACUAAUCCACAGCGCUGGGGCACUGGGGGGAGGGUGCAAGCCUGCUCCCCCUCAACACUUAGGAGACGUGAGUCCUCCCUGCUGAGCGCCUUGCAAAUCCUGGCUGCCGCCCCGCCCCGCCUCCCCUUCACCUGCACUUCUGCCCCGCCCACCCCGCAGCGGCUCCAGGUGAGUCAAGCUUCGCCGGGCCCGCCCACCUGUCCAGGUUCAGCAGUCCCAGCCGGAAGCCACCUCCACGGAUUGUGCACAGUGUCUGAAGGACUUGUACCCCAGGACUGCCUGGAGCCUGGGGUUUCCCUGGAGCCAGGGCUUUUUCUGGCAGAAGCCAAGGCUCACCAGUGUCAUCAGGCCUCUCCAUGACCGACGCAAACCAAACUGGAUUCACUGUGGCCACAACUCCAUCAGCUAUGGCCCCUGGCCUGGCCACUGGGGGCCGGGCAUGGCCUGUGCUAGUAGGGGUCGUGCUGGGGGCGGUGGUCCUCUCUGCACUCAUCGCGCUGGCUGCCAAGUGCCACCUCUGCCGCCGAUACCGUGCCAGCUACCGGCACCGCCCACUGUCCGGAGCAGCAGGUGGGAACCGCCCACAGGAAGGUGAAGAUGAGGAUGAUGAUGGCUUCAUCGAGGACAAUUACAUUCAGCCUGGGGCUGGUGAGAUGGAGACGACGGGAAGCAGGGACCACUUCUCUCUCUGAGCCACAUCUUUGGACACUCCCCAUUUCCCUCCAUGCCUGGCAGUUUAAAGACAGCAUGCCUCAAGCCUCAGGGUCAGAAACCGCUAGUACCUAAAGCCUCACCAGGAGCCUGUUUCUCGACACUUAGUUGCCAAAGUGACAACAGCUUCUCAAUUACUCUCUGAGGCUCUCUGCUGUCCUGGGAUACAGCCUGACAGUGAGUGAAUGUGGAGAAACUGGCCCCUGUGAGUAGGCCUCUUGAUUUCCUUUCUUUGCCUCCCUCCUCCCUACUUCACUAAGUUUUACCACAGUCACCCACUGCCUGGACUGCUUUGAUGCCCCUCAUGAUGGCAGCCCUAACCACAAGUUCCCAGAUUUCACACGUCUCCCGGCAGGAGAAGACCGUGCCAAAAUAACUGAAUUUGUUUUUCUUAUCAAUAAAGUAUGUGACUUGGUUAUAAAA